CCCCGGAAGUCGCUGGGCAGCCCGGGGGAGCAGCGACAUCGGGGCAGCGGGCAGUGGGCACGGGGCGCUCAGAGGGUGAAGGGCAGCCAGGGGCUCAUCGGUACCGUGAGGGGGGUGAGGGAGUGGGGCAGCGCUGGGCUACGAGGGCAGGGUCCGUCCAUCGAGUCAGAGGGAGGGGGCAGCGCUAGGCCAGUCGAUCGUCGUGGGAGGGCAGCGACAUCCAUCGGAAGCGGUGUGUUGGGGGGGCAGUCCACUCACUCACUCAGUCAGAGAGAGAGCUAAGAGGGGCAGCUUGCUUGCCCACCACACACCCGAGACCCCGCCAUGCGUCGCUCCACGCUGCCGCUGCCCCUGCUGCCCCUGCUGCUCCUGCUGCUGCUGCCCCUGCUGGGCCCAUUGCCGUGCCGCGUUGAAGCGUUCGAGCCCGUGGUGACGACGCUGGCCGUGGCCACGGCGUCGGUCGUCACCUGUCUCCUCUCCUACAGCGGGCCGCGCGUCGCCUGCUGGCUCGGCGAGUGUUGCAGCCCGCCCUGGAUACAGCUCAACGUCACCGUUCUCAAAGAGGAGCUGGACCAACAACUCUACGGGCAGCACCUGGUGCACCACGUGGUGUUCAGGGCCAUGGGCGGGUACGCGAGCAACCCGAGCCCGCAAAAGGCCCUGGCGUUGUCCUUUCAUGGCUGGACGGGCACGGGCAAGAACUUCGUGUCGAACAUCAUCGCCAAGAGCCUCUUCCUCGAGGGCCAGAAGAGCAACUUUGUGCACACGUUCGUGGCCACGGUGCACUUCCCGCACGCCGCCCACGUGGACACGUACAAGGAGCAGCUGCAGGGCUGGAUCCGCGGGAACGUGACCACGUGCAAACAUUCCGUGUUCGUCUUCGACGAGAUGGACAAGAUGCACCCCGGCCUCAUCGACGCCAUCAAGCCGUUCCUCGACUACUACCCCAUACUGGACGGCGUGGACUACCGCCACGCCAUCUUCAUCUUCCUCAGUAACGCCGGAGGUAACGACAUCAACGAGGUGGCGCUGCGCUUCUGGAACGAGGGCCGCAAGCGCGAGGAGAUCGUCCUCGCGGACACGGAGAAGGUGCUCACGCUGCGUGCCUUCAACGACAAAAGCAGUGGCUUCUGGCACGCGAGCCUCAUUGACAAGCACCUCAUCGACUUCUUCGUGCCCUUCCUGCCGCUGGAGCACCGGCACGUGCGCAUGUGCGCGCGCGCGGUGGCGAGGGCGCGCGGGGUGCAGCUGAUUGACGCAGUGGAGCGCGUGGCCAAGGCCGUCGCCGACGAGAUGGCUUACUUUCCCGAGAACGAGGGCAUCUUCUCUGUCACGGGCUGCAAGAGCGUCGCCCAGAAGGUGGAGUUCCACUUGUGAAGACGGCGACGGCGGAGGGAGGAGGUGGAGGUGGUGGAGGAGGUGGAGGGAGGAGGUAGAGACAUUCCCGACGGGCGGAGAUCAACGAUGCCGCCCUGUUGCCAUCGUGUGGACUUUUUUUUGUUUUUGUUUAAAUCUCUGCGGUGUUGAAAUCUCGUACACCACCAGAUCAUGAAGUUUUUGCUGCGUAUUCGCGUAACAAUUCUAUCAAAUCUAUUUAACGCUUGCCACUUGUGUACAUAACAAACAGAAAAUCGAUGCAAUUGUUUUCCUGCGCGCGAUGGCAUCGGCGGUGAUGUUCAGAGGCCAGUUGCCAAUGUGGAGGUCCUGCUGCUGGUGCUGCCGACCAUGAUGAUGAGGGUUUUCAGUAAAAAGUUUGUGUAGUUUCGCUGUA